GAAAAAACCUUUUUUAAAACUUACUUAUUAUCGAUGGAAAUUAAGUAAGACCUGCGUUCAAAUUUAUUUCGUCCAGAAGAUUCGGGUGGAAAAUGGACGACGACUUGUUUUUGAGCGGGCGGGAGCAUACCUCCAUUUCGAUGCGGUCCCCCUCCGGUAUGGACGGGGGGCUGGUCAAUGAUCACAAGGAUACCCAGUAUAACUUUCUGGAGCCGUUGGAUAAGGCCUAUGAAUGCCCCGUGUGCUGCGAGGUGCUCAACCAUCCAGUGUUGUUCGAAAAGUGCGGCCAUCGAUGCUGCGCCAAUUGUUUGGGCGAAGUCAUGAGAGGCGGAGGCAAGUGUCCUAUCGACCAAACAGCCAUCGACAGGGAUAGAGAUGUUAUGCCCGACAACGUGUUCCAGCAGGAAAUCGACCUCCUGCAACUGAAGUGUUCCUUUGUGGAUAGAGGGUGUUCUUGGUAUGGAACUAUGAAGGACAUUAAGGCCCAUUUGGACGAUUGCAAAUUCGUCCCAGUGAUGUGCCCAAAGCGUUGUGGAAAGGAAUUGGAAAAAUCCAUGCUGAGGGCUCAUUUACAAGAAGAUUGUCCUAAGAGAGAGGUCAAAUGCGAUUUCUGCAAUAUCCCCAUUACCGUGGAGCAAGAGGAAUCGCAUCUUACGGUCUGUGGCAAGUUUAUGAUUCCUUGUCCGAAUGAGUGCAAAAAAGGGGAAAUUCCACGAGAGGAGCUGCAAGAUCACCUGGAGAAUAAAUGUCCCCAACAGCAGGUACCCUGUCCGUUCCAUGAUGCCGGCUGUGAAUUCAUGAGCAAGAGAAAGCAUCUUCACAAACACAUCAAAGACGACCCCAUUCAGCACUUGGCCAUGGCUUGUGACGUUAUCAUUAAACACAAAAAGGUCCUUGAUGACAACGAUAAGCUACUUACCAAACACUCAGAUAGCAUUCAGAUCAUGGAAAGGAAGGUUAGCACUCUGGAAAAGCUGUAUGGAUGUCAGCUGGUUUGGAAAAUCGAGAAAUGGGAAUACAAAAUGGAGGAGGCAAAGUUAGGGAGAAAGACGACCAUCUUCAGUCCGCCAUUUCUGACCGCUAGACAUGGCUAUAAAAUGGCCAUGUCGAUAUGUCCUUAUGGGGAUGGACGAGCACGUGGGAAGUUUCUCUCAAUCUUCAUUUGUAUUUGCAAAGGGGAGUAUGACGCUUUGCUCGGAUGGCCAUUCUGUCAUCGGAUUUCCUUCACCCUGGUGGACCAAUGCCAAGAUCCGGCCGCUCGACGUAACGUGACGUAUUCCAUUAAACCAAACAUCAUCAGGGACAACAAAGCGUUUCUUGGACGACCGAUCGGAGAGAGAAACGCCAGCUUUGGAGCCCAAAAGUUUGUAGAGCUGGAGGUGAUAAAAGAGAAAGACUACAUCCGCGACGACUGCGUUUUUAUAAAAUGCACGAUUGAUAGUGACGAUAUGAUUCUUCUGUAAAGAGCGCUAGGCGGCCAUUAUUAGACUCUCAUGUCCAGUGUACGACUUAUACACUGUACUUUGCUCGAGCUCUUUUUAAGUGAUAUUCAAUUAUGUUGCCGUAAAUGACCUUUGAA